UAAAACAAACAACCAAACAAUGAUAAGAUGAUGUGCCUGCAUUUUUUUUAGUUCAUUCAAAAUUGAAACACCCCACAUAAUAAUCACAGAAAAAAUGACAAUUCUCAUCCACUUCAUAAUCAUACUAUUUUCAUUAUUUUCUCUCUUGUGCUUUACUUUUACUUCUGCUCAUAUCAUACCCAAAUUUCCUUCUUCAGUGGUUAGUCCAGAGUUACAGCAAACUUCUGUUUCUGUCCCAAAUGGACUUUAUAGGACAAAAUUCUUUACACAAAUACUUGAUCACUUCAAUUAUAACCCUCAAAGCUAUCAAACUUUUCAACAAAGAUAUCUCAUCAAUGAUACUUAUUGGGGUGGUGCCAAAAAGAAAGCUCCAAUCUUUGUCUACACAGGAAAUGAAGGGGACAUAGAAUGGUUCACACUAAACACUGGUUUUAUGUUUGAAAUAGCACCCUAUUUUAAUGCCCUUUUGGUUUUUAUUGAGCAUAGAUACUAUGGAAAAUCAAUACCAUUUGGAGGAAAUGAUGAGGUUGCAAAUAGAAAUAGCAGCACACUUGGAUAUAUGAGCUCCACACAAGCUUUGGCUGAUUAUGCAACUCUCAUAAUUGAUCUUAAGAAGAAUUUGUCAGCAAUUGAUUCCCCUGUUGUUGUGUUUGGAGGAUCCUAUGGAGGAAUGCUAGCUGCAUGGUUUAGGUUGAAGUAUCCACACGUUGCAAUUGGAGCUUUGGCAUCCUCUGCUCCAAUCCUUCAAUUUUUGGAUUUGGUUUCACCGUAUACAUUCACUAACAUUGUCACUCAAGACUACAAGAGUGAGAGUGAGAAUUGUUACAAAGUGAUCAAAGAGUCUUGGAAAGAAAUAGAAGACACAGCCAAUGCACCAGGAGGAAUAGAACAGCUACAUAAAUCAUUCAAAAUAUGCAAAAAUAAUACAAUUACUGCAGAUGCUCUCAAAGGUUGGCUUCAAACAGCUUUAAUGUACACAGCCAUGACAGAUUAUCCAACACCAACAAAUUUCCUAACUCCCUUGCCAGCUUAUCCAGUUAAAAAGAUGUGUGAGGCGAUCGAUAGCAUAUCCACGGCUGGAAACGAAUCGCUCACCAAGAUGUAUGCUGUAGCAAAUAUUUUCUACAACUAUACUGGAACUGUCACAUGUUUUGAUUUUGGUAAUGAUUCAGAUGAUUCUAUUGAUCAGGGUGGAUGGAAUUGGCAGUCAUGUACGGAAAUGAUAAUGCCCCUAGGUGGGAACAAUGAGGAGAGCAUAUUUCCAGCUCAGAAAUGGGAGUUGGAAGACACACUCUCUUACUGCAAACAUGAAUAUCACAUAGUGCCAAGACCCCAUUGGAUUACUACUGAAUUUGGUGGUCAAGAUAUUGGCAGAGUUCUGAAAAGGUUUGGGAGUAACAUUAUCUUUUUCAAUGGUUUAAGAGACCCUUGGAGUGGUGGAGGGGUAUUGAAGAAUAUAUCAAAAAGUUUAAUUGCUAUAGUUGCAACAGAAGGAGCUCAUCAUGUAGACUUGAGGUUCUCAACAAAGGGAGAUCCAAAGUGGCUAAAAAAUGUAAGGAAACAAGAAGUAAAGAUCAUAGAAAGUUGGAUAUCCCAAUAUUAUCAAGACCUAUUACUACAAGGAUGAACAAAUUAAAGAUUAUAUUUUGUCAUUUUUAUCUUUUGAAGAUUUUAUAUUAUUAUUUGGAUUAAGGAGCUUAAGGACAAUAUUGCUCCUCAUAUAUAGUGUUACUAGCAUUUAACUAAUAUAUGCACAUGUUAAUUAUGAAA